CCGGCGGUGAGAGUGUGGUGCCGUGUCGUGUGGCCUUGCGAGAGGGACCUGGUAAUACCGUAUUGUAGGCAAGAAAAUCUUGUCUACUUUGUUGGGAUUAAUGACACCCCUUUUCAGCAGAGCAUAGAAAUCGUUUUCGCUGAUUGCUGCCAGGUAUGGGAGGCAACAGCAGCAGUCGCCGGGUCUCCUUUGAAGCAGAUGAGAAUGACAACAUUACGGUGGUGAAGGGCAUUAGGUUGUCUGAAAAUGUCAUCAAUCGCAUGAGAGACUCCUCUCCAGCCCCAUCAAGGCCACCGCCACGAGUCUCCGAGUCCCCCAUCGCCCCCGCAGUGAGAGAAGAAGAACUGAGGAGAAAAAUAUCUGAAGAUCUUGAAAAUGAACGAAAUAAGAGAGAUUCAAAACUGCAAAAACAGUUAGAACAAGAUAAAGCUUUUGUUCGUGAGGAAAUUGGUAAAGCGCUGGAGAGGGAGCGAGCUGCUGCAGAAGAGAGCAUUAGCAGGGCUGUACUGCGGGAAAGAGUGACUGCGGAGGACGAGCGUCUGAAAGCCAAGCGCUUUGAAACUGAAAGUAAGGCUAAACAACUGGAAGAAAAGGACAGAGAGCUGAGAAAACAAGAUGCCUAUUACAAGGAGCAACUCGCCAGACUGGAAGAAAGGAGUGCACAGUUCUAUAAAGUCACGACUGAACAAUAUCAGCAGGCUGUCAAUGAGGUCGAGGCAAAAUUCAAGAAAUACAGCUACAACCCAGUGUGUGCUGACCUGCAGAGACAAAUCGUGCAGUGUUACAGAGAGAACCCAGGCAAAACCCUCUGCUGCUCCACACUGGCUCAGCUGUACCUACAGUGUGUCAAUACUGCUAAACAGAGCCAGUUGAGAAAGGGAGGUUAACCACCACCUUCAGGAGAAGAAGGCCUCCGCUUUGCUUUCAAUAUUAUUUAUCAUUAACGAAGAAAACAUCUGUUCAAGAACAGUCAAGAAUGGCCAGAGACUGCAGCAGCCAGAGAUUUUAUUAGCAUCUCAUUUUCUACUUAACCGUCAUUGUCAUUUUUGUACCCAAAUACCUUUACUAUGAACGCUGUUAGAAGAGGAGAGGAGUUUGAACAGCUGAAGCUAAAUAAUGCAUUAUUUGCUCAUAAUGUAUAGACCGGCUGGUUGCUUUAAAGAUACAAGAGAUAAAUUCCUCAUCAGCAGGGAAAAGCACCAUGUUUUCUGUUUAAUUCAAGGAUACCCACGACUUUAGAAGUGAAUUAUGAUUUUUUUACAAUGCUGCUGGUUUCUAUUCAAAGCUCCAUUUUCUUUAUGUAAGUUUAAAAUGAAGCUUUGAGUUGACUGGCUUUGUUAAAUUGGAGUUUCAUUAAGUCUUGACUUGUCCAGAAGAUUAUGACUGUUUCUGAACAAAUUGUAUCAAUAAUAUAUUUUAAAAUCAAA